GUCCAGAUGGAAUUGGGGACUACAGGGCAAGAUUGAUCGACUUUCCCCGCUACAUUGGGGUUGGCCCUUUGUCACCUAUGGGUACAAGCGAUUUGAUUUACCUGUGCCGGCCUGCUUACUGCACCCCACCCCCCAUGCCCAAACAGUGCUACAUUGGAGGGGUGGGAUGGGGCAUGCAAUAUCACCAGCUCCUGAACAGCAGGACGCUGCUCAGCAGUAUGCAAAUUAAGGUGGGGCCCAAAUGAAGCCGGUGAGCUGGAUGUUCAUUAGAGUUAGGCGACCUUGAUGAACAUUUAGUAGAUUAGCUGCAUCAUAUAUUUUAUUGUGGUAUGACAUAAAGGGAAUGCAACAUAAGCAAAUGUAAGCUUGUCUUAUCUAGACCUAUAUGAGUAUUGAAUUGAAAAGUCGUGCAGCAUGUUUAAAUGGCUCAUGGUAACAUUAUUGACAAUGGUAAGAAUGUUGUCAUAAAACAAUACUAUAAUCAUGAUGUCAUAAUGCUCACCUGUCACAAUGGUCAAAAUGUUGUCAUAAGAGAAUACUGUAGUCAUAAUGCUCACCUGUCACAAUGGUCAAAACUUGUGAUAAGGCAAAACUGUAAUCAUAUGAUUCUCAACAAAUUAUGCCACAAUUGUCCCGUGUCACAAUGCUCAGAAUGUUGUCAGAAGAUAAUACUCUAAUCACGAUUCCCAAAGUUGUCAUAGAGUCAUGACCCUAUUCUGACACAUAAUAUCAUUCUGAUGACAGCAUUACAUGGGUAUUAAGACAAAGCCACAUCACUUGUGACAUUUUUAUUCAGCCAUUCAUUUAACUGUUAUAACAUAUAAUUUUUGAAGUGACUCAGACCAUGUUGUUCCUGUAGAGAGCUGAAUUCCGCUCCGCCCUUGAGGACAGAGUCACCCACAGAUAUCAAAACCCAUGGUAGGCCCCACAUGUGGUAACCCAUACUUUAUUGAAUAUAUUUUAUUUUCAGCCAGUCAGAAUCACUUUACCUGCUCGCUGUGCACAUUUCCAAUGGGAAAGUGAUAGCAUCACAGCAGGCUUGUGGAGUGUUAAGUGAAUGUAGGUGCACUGUUAUCCAUCCAUUAUUCACCACUUCCGCUUUUGUAGGCACGCACCGCCCCACUUUCUAGAUAAGCAAUCUGUCGGAGCCCGCAGCAAACUUGCAUGGGCACACAACAAGUAUGACAAUUACAGCCAGGACAACAACAGAUAUUUUCUUCUCAAC